UUGGAUCUGUGAAACGGGAAUGGGAGUAUCAGAUACAUUGAAUUACGUUCUGUUUUCUAAUGCCGUCUGCACGAAUGCCGCUUCGUUUGCGAAAACUGCUGCAUCAGCUGUUAUCAAUUAUUCAGGCCUCAAGCCACGUGUUGAGUACAAACUGGUUCCACCUGAGCCUUUGUGGAAAUCGGCAGUAGCCUCAGGGCCUUAUUUGAAAUUGGCAGGACUCAGUGGAGCAACUGCAGUCAUCCUCGGGGCAUAUGGAGCUCACAGGAAAUAUAAGGACGAUCAAUUGAAGCAAGUGUUUGAGACAGCGAAUAGAUAUGAUUUUUAUCAUUCCCUGGCUAUGGUGGGGCUGGUUGCGUGCAGGGCAAUUCUGACCAAUUCUGACUGCUGCCCUGUGGAUGUCAGGAUCUCUAAUGUUCUGUGGGAGUUCCCUUUCGACUGGCCCCUGUGGAAGUGGGACUGCUACUGAAGAGUCGCUGAAUCGGCUAACGAGCAGAUACCCCAGCGUUGCGUGUGGUGCCCUCCCUCUUAUGGGGUCGGCUACUACG